UCCCGUUUAUCUCGCGUUGAUCAUUCGGAGUAAAGAUGCCAACUAACUAUAGACGAAAAGGAAAUUGUUCCAGGGCAGCAUGGACCGAAGAAAUGUUAAAAAUGGCAAUGCUGGCUGUGCGGUCAGGAAAUAUGGGAGUGAAUCAGGCAUCCAGGGAAUUUAAGGUUCCUUGCACGACACUUCGUAGAAGACUGGUCAGAGGUGAUACUAAAAAGAAAGGUCUGGGCCCGCCAUCUGUUCUAGGAUUAGAAAAUGAGAGGAAAAUAGUAUUUCAUAUUAAAAAAUUACAAAAACGAGGGUUCUCCCCAACGAGGAAAAUUGUUUGUCAUAUGGCAUACCACCUUGCUGAAAAGCUUCAAAUUAAACAUACCUUCAAUAAAGAAAGUAAAUUGGCCGGAGAUGAUUGGCUUAGAUCAUUUUUGCGGCGGAAUUCCGACUUAUCUGUAAAAAAGUCAGAAGGUGUAUCUCUUGCUCGUGCUCGGGGAAUGAACAAAAAAGAUGUGGACGCCUAUUUUGAUUUGCUAGGAAAGACUUUGGAAGAACAUAGUCUCUUCGAUAAGCCCGGCAAUGUAUUUAACAUGGACGAGACCGGGCUUCAACUGAAUAAUAGACCUGAACAUGUUAUUGCUGAAAAAGGGUCCAAGAACAUAGCUGCAAUAACAUCCGGUGAAAAAGGUGUAACAAUAACUGUAAUCUGUUGUUGUAACGGAGAAGGGACAUUUAUACCACCAGCUUGCAUAUUUAAGGGCAAAAACAAAAAAAAAGAAUACGAAGACGAGAUGCCCCCUGGAUCCGUUGUUUAUAUGUCUCGAAAAUCAGCAUACAUUAAUACAUCCAUCUUUCUAACAUGAUUACAGACACAAUUUGUUCCUAGAAAGCCUCAAGGCCACGUUAUUCUUAUUUUAGAUGGCCAUGCGUCGCAUUGCAGUUCAAUAGAGGUUCUAGAGUACGCUGAAGCAAACGAUAUUACUUUAUUAUGCCUUCCAAGCCACACAACACAAUUCCUGCAACCUUUAGACCGUGGAUUCUUUAAAGCAUUCAAAACUUAUUACUAUGCUGCGUGCAAUAAUUUUAUUAGAACAAAUCCCACGAGAGCUCUAAAUAGACUACAAUUUGGUAAACGGUUAGCGGAAGCGUGGACAAAAUCAGCUACGGUAAAUAACGGCACGUCAUCUUUUCGUGCCACCGGUAUUAUACCGUUUAAUAAAGAAGCUAUUCCAGACUACGGUUUUUUAAACGAGAGUGAAAAUGGUAGCCAUGUCAAAAAUGAUAAAACUGAAAAAGAAAAUAAUAGCAAAACAACCGAUGAGCGCAUAGUUCCUCAAGAAGGUAGCUUUACCCAUAAUAACCUAGAGAAUCUGACAAAUUUUGAAGUUAUUAGCGACUUUGAAAAUAAUGAAAACUAUAGAAACAAAAAUAUGAAUAAAACACCUGAAAAGAAAAAAGAAACUCCUGGAAAAACGUUGGACAUUAUUUGUCCAGUUCCUAGUACUUCUAAAGUGGAUGUGGUACGCAAACGCAGUCGUCAGCUUGCUGAAAUAUUAACAUCGCCAGAAAACAUUCUUAAAAGAAAAACACUAACAGAAAGCCAAACUAAAUCUUGCCA